AUGCCGUCUCAGGAUCAACUCAAAGAGAUCUUCAACCUCUACGAUGAGGAGCUCGAUGGUAAGAUCGACGGCACCCAAAUUGGAGACGUCGUCCGGGCUGCUGGACUCAAGCCGACCAACGCCAUGGUCGUCAAGGCUUCGGGACAGGAGUUCAAGCGCAAAGGCGAGAAGCGCAUUACUUUCGAGGAAUGGCUGCCGAUCUUCGAGCAACUGUCCAAAGAAAAGGUAAAUUUUGAUAUUUUAUGA